UUUUCCAAUCAUUCUAUUGCUGGACUCUUUCUCGUCAACAUCAUUUCCACGCUCAUUCUCCUGCUCCACGAACAAUUCACAACUGUUCCCCCAAGUUUUGAAGUCCUAUUAAACCCACACCCACCAAUUCGUCACCCCCUUCAUCUCAUUAACAAUGGUGCAGUCCGACACUCGCGGAAACUUUAUCUCCUACAACCCUACUCCCACAGAAUUAUCUCCGAAUGGGGCGAACCAUUCUUCUCCGGCGUCCGCAGUAAACAUGUCGACCCCUCAAGGGUCCCAUGCUCCUUCACUCUUCAACCUCAGUGGUGAUGAAUUCCCCGACUUUCAAAGAAGCGGCAGGUCUCUCCUGAGGCCCCCCACAGGUCGCUCUACUCCCUCGGCAUAUGUUUCUAGUGGCCCAAGUUGUCAGAGAAAUGCAAGUACCAGACCAAGUAACACUUCUGAAUCGUCAUCAUCGGUCUUUUUUGGUGGACCUCCUGCACCCAUGCCGCUAUUUCAACCAAGCAACGUGAACAUGGUUCAUGGACAAGGACAAGGAGUUGUUCCUCCACCCCCGACUGUACCUGGAAUGGGAGCAGGUCAGCCAGGUCAGCAAAAUGCAGUACCAUUUAACGUGAUGGAAUUCCAGGCAGGAGGAGGAGGAGAAACCAACUAUCAUUUCUACGCCGGAGCUACUGCUAUUCAUCUCCACACUCCAGGAACCUACGUGGUUGGCCUAACUGCGGACAUCACUGUUGGUGAUCGUGGAUCAAGGGGACGAGCUCAUCAUCAUCCUCAUCGCCAUCAUCAUCCUGGUCAUGUCGACCCAGCAACUCACAGUUUAGAUGUAACAGGACAUCAUUAAUAGCCAUUUGUCAGGAGCAACAAUGGAAUCUACUCAUAAGAGUAACUCAACUCGUCGGCUAAAGGAAAUCUGCUGUCUUAUCUGUAUCCACAACCCAGCUCAAUUCUACUUCUACUAUCUCUUCUACUAUCUCAAUUCUACUUCUACUAAAUUAAAAUACAACUGAGUAAGAAACACGAAUUUUCAAGUAAUUCUAGUAUUAAAUAUUUGGUAAUUCGCCACAUUACAAAUUAUUUAGACUUAAGUACAUUUCAUUUCAUAAAAAAUUUUUGGAAUGUUUUUUUCAAAAAGUAAAAGUUUCAAUGCUUAUUCUUAAAUAGCUGUUAUAUAAUGUACGUAUAUUUCGUACAUUGUUAGUUAACAUGAUAAACUAAACACAUUUUUUCCAUACAAUUGAUGAAUAAAUCUUAAAUUGAGACUCAA